AUGCAAAACAGUUGUAUUUUGCUUCACACAACAGGGAUUUUUAUCCGGCGCCAUCGGAUUUGCCUCCCACCUCCUGAUGACGAUCGGUUUUAUACUGUGUAUCAUUUCAAUAUCAACAUAGAUGUUGUCUUCUAUGGUCGGACAUUCAAAAUUUAUGAUUGCGAUUCUUUCACAAAAAACUUUUUGAGGAAAAUAGGAAUCAAAGUGAAUCCUCCAGGACAUCGUCCAGAAGAUCCUUAUAUCAAGAUGCGGAGAGAGGUAUUAGAGAGUGUGGAUCCCUAUCGUCCCUAUCAGUCCUUUGACACCCUGAGACAGUUCCUCGAGUACGAUGGGAAGGUUUUACGUUUCUUCUGUCUGUGGGAUGACUCAGCCUCACUGUUUGGGGACCAUAGAGAACUCAUCCUACAUUACUUCUUGUCUGAUGAUACUAUUGAAAUCAAAGAAUUGUUACACCACAACUCAGGCCGAGAUGCUAUGUCAGUGUUCCUCCGGAGGAGUAAGCUACCCAAGUAUGGCCCACCUGGAGUCUAUCAACCAGGCCAGUUAACUGAACGAGCAGUUCUCAAUGUGUAUGGUGACUUGGGAGAUCAGCAGCCAGUGAAUGGCUAUCUGUUGGAUAAACACCAGCUAGGAAAACAAGAUCAAGAGUUUUAUAAAGAUAGUGACCUGUCAGUAGGAGCCACCAUCAAUGUGUGGGGAAGGAAAGUGCUCCUCUGCGACUGUGAUGAAUAUACAAAGUCAUAUUAUAAGGCUAAAUAUGGAAUUGAGAACUUUCCCUCCAUCUCAAUCAAAGCUCCUCCUCCUCCAAAAAUAGAUAGGAAAUUUCCACCUUACAAUGGCUUUGGGUCUGAAGAGGAUUCUCUCCGUACCUGCAUAGGCCUCGUGCCCACACCUCACAGGAAGAACUUCAAGAAGUUCAUGGAAGAAGACAGCUAUGGCUACGUAAGCAAUAUACUCCGGUAUUUUGCAAAAAUGAUCACAGACAAAUGUGCUGAUGUGGACAGGUUGUUUGUUAUUUCAUAUUUUCUCAGUGAUGACACACUUUCAGUGUUUGAACCUAUAGAGAGGAAUUCAGGGAAUGCAGGUGGGAUGUUCUUGAAAAGAAUUCGUGUUAAGAAGCCUGGACAAGAAAUCUUUAAAAGUGAACUAUCAGAAUAUAUCAAGGCUGAGGAGCUGUAUGUUGGAGCUACAGUGAACGUAAAUGGCUACCUGUUUCUUUUGCUGAAUGCUGAUGAGUACACCUUAAACUACAUGGAGAAGAAUACAGACAGGUUUCCAUUUAGCAACAUCAAUUUAGCCCUACAAAAGCUGAAAGAAACAGAAUCAAAAUCAAGAGAGAUCAAGCAGAUAUUUUCAGCUGCUGACUGUAAGCACACGAAGGUGGUAGAUUAUAAUACAUUCAGGAAAACCUCAAGGGCAGGAGCUAAUAAACUACUUCUGAAUCAUUCGACAGGGUUGGUGAUGGAUCAAUGUGGGGGCUCCCUUAGGUUUUCUCUGCAGAAUAGACUUGAUGGAAUGCAGAGACAG